CGAGGCCGCCGCCGCGGCGGGGGAGGUGGGGCGAGGCGGGCUUGCUAAGGCGAGGCAGUGGCCGGGCCGGGCCACAGGCGGUGGCGGCGGGACCAUGGAAGCAGCGGUUGCUGCUCCGCGUCCCUGGCUGUUCCUCCUCGUGCUGGCGGCGGCGGCGGCAAUGACACUGGUCCCGGGGGCGACGGCAUUACAGUGUUUCUGCCACCUUUGCACAAAAGACAAUUUUACUUGUGUCACAGAUGGACUCUGCUUUGUCUCUGUCACAGAGACCACAGACAAAAUUAUACACAAUAGUAUGUGUAUAGCUGAAAUCGACCUAAUUCCUCGAGACAGGCCAUUUGUAUGUGCACCAUCUUCAAAAACUGGGUCUGUUACUACAACAUACUGCUGCAAUCAGGACCACUGCAAUAAAAUAGAACUUCCAACUGUUGGAAAGCCAUCACCUGGCCUUGGUCCCGUUGAACUGGCAGCUGUCAUUGCUGGACCAGUCUGCUUCGUCUGCAUCUCACUCAUGUUGAUGGUCUAUAUCUGCCAUAACCGCACUGUCAUUCACCAUCGAGUGCCAAAUGAAGAGGAUCCUUCAUUAGAUCGCCCUUUUAUUUCAGAGGGUACUACAUUAAAAGAUUUAAUUUAUGAUAUGACAACAUCGGGGUCUGGAUCAGGUUUGCCAUUGCUUGUUCAGAGAACAAUUGCAAGAACUAUUGUGUUACAAGAAAGUAUUGGCAAAGGUCGAUUUGGAGAAGUUUGGAGAGGAAAGUGGAGAGGAGAAGAAGUUGCUGUGAAAAUAUUCUCUUCUAGAGAAGAACGUUCAUGGUUCCGUGAGGCAGAGAUUUAUCAAACUGUAAUGUUACGCCAUGAAAACAUCUUGGGAUUUAUAGCAGCAGACAAUAAAGACAAUGGUACAUGGACUCAGCUCUGGUUGGUGUCAGAUUAUCAUGAGCAUGGAUCCCUUUUCGAUUAUUUGAACAGAUACACAGUUACUGUGGAAGGAAUGAUAAAACUCGCUCUGUCCACAGCAAGUGGACUUGCCCAUCUUCAUAUGGAGAUUGUUGGUACCCAAGGAAAACCAGCCAUCGCUCACAGAGAUUUGAAAUCAAAAAAUAUCUUGGUAAAGAAGAACGGAACUUGUUGUAUUGCAGACUUGGGACUGGCAGUAAGGCAUGAUUCAGCCACAGAUACAAUUGAUAUUGCUCCAAACCACAGAGUGGGAACAAAACGGUACAUGGCCCCUGAAGUUCUAGAUGAUUCCAUAAAUAUGAAACACUUUGAAUCCUUCAAGCGUGCUGACAUCUAUGCAAUGGGCUUAGUAUUCUGGGAAAUAGCUCGAAGAUGUUCCAUUGGUGGAAUUCAUGAAGAUUACCAGCUGCCUUAUUAUGAUCUUGUACCUUCUGAUCCAUCAGUUGAAGAAAUGAGAAAAGUUGUUUGUGAACAGAAGUUGAGGCCAAAUAUUCCAAACAGAUGGCAGAGCUGUGAACUAAAAUUGCUGGUCUUAACGUUAGGUAACUCUGCUGCGCUGAAGAUCAUCGUUAAGGGUAAAGGAGCUGGACUGCUGAGUUAUCCGAAGCAUUUCUUAUUUUUAAAGCAAGUAAUUUACUCCUGGUUAGUACAUUCUCAGAGGAUUCUGAACCACUAAAAAGUUUCUUUGAUUCAGACGUUGAAUGUACUGUUCUGUAAAUUUCAGGAUCUUAAAACUAACACUUAAAAAACUCUUAGCUUGAGUCUAAAAAUGACCUCAUAUAGUAGUGAAGAACAUAAUUUAUGCAAUUUUAUUUUGUAUACUAUUAUCGUUCUUUCACAUAUUCAGAAUAUUACAUGCCUUCAAAUGGGAUUGUACUAUACCAGUAAGUGCCACUUCUAUGUCUUUGUAAUGGAAAUGAGUGGAAUUGCUUAAAGUCUGUGCGUGUUAAAACCUGUAGUGUUUCAAUUCAGAUAGUUUAUCUGGGUAAACCAGACAUUUUCUCUUUUGCUUUUUUUUUGGAGAGUUUUUGUGAUGUCAUUUAGUAUUCCAGUUUGAAAAUGCCUUUCUCCUACCAGAAUGUGCUUAAACCACUAAUGAAGUGGCAUUAAUUGGUAAAUUGUUAUCAUGGUCAUGUUGGAUAGUCUCUCAUCAGGGUUUUGCAUUUUAGUUGUGUCGUCUAAGUAUACUUUAAAAAAUAUCAAGUGGCACUCUAGAUGCUUAUAGUACUUUAAUUUAAAAUUGGUAGCAUACAGACUAAUUUUUCUAAAAAGGAAAAUUUGUCUAGCUGCUUGUGGAAAGUUGUGUGGCAUUCUGUAAGCCAUUUUGUUCUUUAUGUGAUAAAAGACAGUGUUAUUUUUUUAAGAAAUGAAUUAUGUUUAAAGUUAGAAUAUGGUUAAUGUUAAAUGAUAGGCCUUUUUCUAGGAAGGUAAAGGUAGUUAAUUGAGUAGAUAACAGGUGUGCGAGAGAGUCACAUUUGUUACGUAGGAGUCACUGGUGGGUUUUCUGUCUGUAACUGAGGUUAGAGUUAGUGUGGUUUUGAGGUGUCACUACAUUUUGAGGAAGGCAGCUUUUAAUUCAGUCUUUCCUUCUGUGUGCAGAUAUUUUAACUGCUUAAUUUACAUGGCUCUGUAAUAAAUUCAGCAGACGUGGUAUUUGGGAGAGUGGUAGCUAAAGCGUAUUCUGAGUAUAGGUUCUCCAUUUACAAACGUUUUUGGUCAAAUUGAAUGUUUAAAAUAAACUGGUCAUGGUCUUCUCACAUUAAGUUGAAACAAGCUUAUAACAACUGGUUUUACUUCCAGUGCUGAAAGUCUUUGCAGAGCUUUUACAGUUUUCAACGUUUUCUUUAUCACUGUGAUCUUAUUCUGAGGGCAAACUAUUUAGCUGCGAGGCAGACACUGACUUCAUAGUGCUGUCGAUUUCCCAGUGAAAGGGUUAGAAUAACCUUAUAGUAUUCAGGUCAGUAAGAGGGAGUGGCCAUUGACGCUGACUGAACUGCAUUCUGAUAAUGUCUUAUCUCUUAUACAUAGACUAAGUUUGAAAGACUAUUUGGUCUUAAAACCAAAGUAAUUUUAGAAAAAAAGACAUUACACAGGAAUUUAGGGUCAUGUGUUUAAAUUUCAUGUGUUUAAAAAUGUCAUGGGGAAAUGUGCUUAGAAGUUAAUAUUUUGACUCCAAAUUUGAGUUAUUUUUGUAGUUUCCGUAAUUUCAUUAAAGCAGAUAUAUGAGUUUGACAGGUUUGUUUUUAUAAUUGUGUUAUAUUUCCUGUUUAAUAAUCUCUAGCUCUGUGAUUAGGCACUCUUUUUUUCCCCCCUGCCAUUUCUAAACCUACCAGAUCUGCUUUAUGAAAUCCAGGGGACCAAUGUAUUUUAUCACAAACUAUUUUUAUAUAAUUUUAAGAACCUACCAAAAGUUCUUGUCUGAUUUAAAGUUGUGACAUAUGAUUGCUCACUUUCAUACAAGGUAAUCGAUUUUUGUUGAUUAUAUUGUUUAUGAAAUCAAAGAUUGAGUUACAAUUAUACUUUUCUUAAGUCGAUAAAAUGUAUUUUUGAUGAGUCAGGGAAUUUUUUUAAAGUUGAAAUUUAGUUCUAAAUUUUAUUUACAUAUUGAAGCUAGUUUCUUGUUUGGCUAAUGACAGUUUGAUAAACCUCAGUUGGCUAAUAUUGAAAAUGAAAGUAAUUUAAAAGAUGAAACAGAUCAUCUGCAGUUAAGUUUGACUAGAGUAUUAAUUUUGUCGUUUAGAAACUUAAGCCUUUGUUUAUAUUGCCUGUCUUCAGAUGCUCACCUUCUAAGAUUCAACUUGGCUAAUAUACACCUUCAGGCAAAUUACCUGUCCACAUCCAUUUUGUCAGUACCCUGGAGGAAUGAGGAUGGGGAGGUAUGGCCCACGAGGGCACAGACACGCAUGGUCCUUCCUUUUAUAACUUCAGCUCUGUUUCUCUCAACCUGCCUUCCUGCUGAUCCCUGACUCAGAGACCAUAACCUUGCCAACCUUCCCCUACCCCUUCCCCAGCAGCCUUUCCACUAAAUAGCUGACUUUGAUAUCUAUCGUGAUAUCUAAAAUGGUUGAUGGAAGUUGUGGGACAUACUUUCAUUUUUCAUUUCCUUGAGUAUUGGAUGUUACUGAGAAGGGUCUCCAAGUUUGGAGAUCGGGCAGAUGAUGGUCCUGCUGGCUGCCCUACUUUGACUUCAGCCUUGGCCAACGAGUGGCAGCUAUGGCAGUGGGAUAUAUGCCAGAAGCUGUGGCCAGUUGUAUUCCCUAUAGGACAGGGUGAAGCCCAAAGAGCUGAGCCUAUAAUUCUGCUGUAAUAAUAGUGCUCAAGAAGUGCCUUGAGUUGGUAUAGAGUGCCAUGCCAUCAAGAAUUCCAAAUUUCAGUUCUUACGACAAAAUGUAACUGGUCACUUGGCCACUUUGCAGCUUAUGCAUGAGUUACCUUUUACUUUUCUCUACAUCUGAGAACUGUCACAUAGAAUAUUCUGUAAAACAUGAUGGCAAAGUGCUAAUUAAAAUGCAUAACAAAAUCAGUAUCCCAUUGGACAUGUCACAUCAAGAGUUAAUUUUUAUCCUCACACUGAAAGAGCAAUUGUAAGUCACCUGUUUUUUGUUUCUUGAUUGUGGCGGUGUUUUGGCUCUAGAUAAUAGAGAUUCCAAAUUAUGAUUCUGUUACAACUUGGCGAAAAAUGCCAAUUCACAUAUUUUUGAGAUCUUAGGGAUAGCUCUGGACAUGUAGUAAAGCUUCUUAUGUCUGUUUCGGAACACUGGGUUAGCCAUGGUCCUCUGUCUAGGAAUGCUGGACUUCUAGGAUGUUGAGGAUUGUCAGUACAUUCAAAGUUUUCCAUCCCAUUAUGCAAUCUUAUUUUUAAUUGUAAAUUUUAAAAAUGUGGUUAAUAACAUUCAACCUGUUUCUUAAAGCUUAAAAAGAACUUCAUUGAAUUUAUUUUUAUUUUUUUAACUAGAUUUGUGAAUGAAUAUGAUGAACUGUGUUUUGAUAUCCCUUUUUCACAUUGUGCCAAUGGAAUGGGGUGUUUGCUAUUUCUUUAUAUGUCAAGGAGAUGCUUCAAAAUGUCAAUUGCUUUAAACUUAAAUUACCUCUCAAGAGACCAAGGUACAUUUACCUCAUUGUAUAUAUGUUUAAAUAUUUGUCAAAGCAUUCUCCAGGUUUGCAGUUUUAUUUCUAUAAAGUGUGAGUAUUAUGUUGUUACAUUACUCAAAUGGUACUGUAUUGUUUAUAUUUGUACCCCAAAUAACAUCUUCUUACUUUCUGUUUUCUGUAUUUUAUUGUAUUUGUGAAAAUCCUUUUGGCUUUUAUCAUGUAAUCUCUGCUCUUUCAGAUGUGUACAGAAAAUGUCCAUAUAAAUUUUCCUUUAAGUUGAAUGAUUUUGAGAAACCUGUAAAGAGGAGAGAAAAACAAAAACUGCAGUUCCUCAUAAGUUUUUAAAGUAUGUAUAUUGUAUUUGUAGUAAUAUUCUGAAUGAACUGUAAAUAGGAAGUAGAAGAGUGAUACUUAAUGUCAAGUCCUAACACUACAGUAGAACAAUGGAAACAAUGCAAAUAAAUUACUUUUCCCCCAA